UUAUCCUACAUCUGUCGUCAUAGAAGCGAAGAGGCAAGGGAGCGAGAGCGUGUGUGCUCCGACGCCAUGGCCUGCUCCGUUCCUCCCGUCGUUGCGUCGAAGCUCACAGCACCGAUGGCAUCCUCGGUGUCUGCAUCUGGAUCAAGGAUAGUACAAGCAAUCCCGAAGGGUUUCCACCGUCUGAGGCGGAGCUUCACAGCCCGCCCCGCCCCGAUGGGUUCUGCCCCCAGAUCUAUCCCAAGAAGUGUCGUUGUCAAAGCUUCGGCCGAGACUUACCUGCCGCUAGUUGGGAACAAAGCACCGGACUUCGAGGCUGAAGCUGUUUUCGAUCAGGAGUUCAUUAAUGUCAAACUCUCUGAUUAUAUUGGAAAGAAGUAUGUGAUUCUGUUUUUCUACCCACUUGACUUCACAUUUGUCUGCCCUACAGAGAUUAUUGCUUUUAGUGACCGCUACUCAGAAUUUGAAAAGAUAAACACAGAGGUCAUAGGUGUUUCAGUUGACAGUGUGUUCUCCCAUCUGGCAUGGGUUCAAACAGAUAGGAAGUCAGGGGGUCUGGGUGAUCUCAAAUACCCACUGGUAUCAGACAUCUCUAAAUCAAUUUCCAAAUCCUUUGGCGUUCUGAUCCCAGAUCAGGGUAUUGCAUUGCGAGGAUUAUUCAUCAUAGACAAGGAAGGGGUAAUUCAGCAUGCCACCAUCAAUAACCUUGCCAUUGGUCGUAGUGUUGAUGAAACCUUGCGAACACUUCAGGCGUUGCAAUAUGUUCAAGAGAAUCCAGACGAGGUUUGCCCUGCUGGAUGGAAACCUGGAGAGAAAUCAAUGAAGCCAGAUCCUAAACUUAGUAAGGAAUAUUUCUCAGCUGUUUAGGGUCAAAGAGAUUGUUGUAACUGCACCAAGUAAUUCUGUAGUCUGAAAGAUUCACCAUUGAUUUAUCCUGAUCAGUAGUAAACCAGGGAAGUUUUGCUCGUA